AUGUCUGAGUCUAGAAAAUACGCUCUGGGCAACCACAACGGAAAAGGCAUUUCCUCAAUGAAUGGUGAACUUAUAUACAUGUUGAAAGAUUUACGGAAGUCAGAAACAACCAAUAAUGGAAUACGUAACAGCCGCAUUGCUAAAGUAAACAGGGACAGGGAAAUUGACAAAAUGCAAAAGGAGCAAAUGCUUCAAGUAUCAAGUAUUAAGAAAAGUCAGGAAGCCAUUUAUAAAACUUUAGUGCGUGUAAAUAGAGACAAAAUAAAAACAACAAAAGACCGAAUCUCCAACACACAGGAGGAUUUACGUACACGAACUCAAAAGCUGCGGCUUAAAUUGCUAGUCAGAAAGGUCGUUGAAAAGUUCAGGGAAAAUGUCCAAGAGAAAAAGUUACGAAGGUAUGUGCUAUUGGACAAGUCUGAUGGGAACGAAAUUAAAGUAAAAAUUAGUUCCACCGUGUUCAACAAGGAGAAAAUAAAUAUAACAAAUGAAGAAGAUUACAAGGAACUUUCACUGAAUGUAGACUCCCUGGACCAAGAAGACACUGAUGAGACAUUACUCUCUCCUGUUAACUUAGACAAGAACAAGGAUAUGGUCGGACAGUUAAGCAGACCGACCUCUCGGUCCUCUUUCGAGGACGCCAUCACAGCAGAAUACCUCGACAGAGAUAAUGAUGCUUACAAAGAUGAUAAAGAUGAUCAGAUGUUGGACAUGAACGAAAGAGGAGUUACCAUUAAAGAACUGGAGUCACUAAACGACAAACCGGCAACUCCGGCAAAACGCACAAUAAUUGUAACGCUCCCAAAUUUAUCAUCCGAUCUCACACCAAAAAAGAAGAAAAAGGACCGAGCUGGAGCUUUUGUCGGGACAUCGAUGAAGUAUAAAGAGAUGUACGAUUGUUCGAAAUGUGAAAUAAAAGAAUCAGAGAGAGGUGGGAAAAAUACCCCUAAUCCAAACAGAGCAAGAAGUGCCAGAUCAUCAUCCAGUGGAGGAAGCUAUAAAAUGGAUGAAAAUAACUCCAGAUUGAACAGACUAAACGACCUGCCUUCACUGAAAGUAACCCUUGAUCAAAUCAAUGCAGGAACAUACUCCGCCAUUUUUCAGAAUACCAACAAUAUGUUAAAUAAAGUAGAACAUUUUCUAAAUACUUCCAUUAAACCAAGAAAUGAAGAGUUACAUAAACCUCCGCAGGAAACACGGAAGGAGGAUUCCGAAAAAACAAGGCAAAGAAAGAUAAAUAUUAGAAAUCACCUGUUAGAGACAUCCGGAAAAUUAUCAGGACGAAGUAUACCAAUGGUCCGAGCGGAAGAUUCAGAAAUGGAGAAACUCUCUGUGAUCGGAUUAAACCCCAAGAACGGUGACAAUACAGAAGGCAGAGUAUCAUCUCAAUCUGUCAAUUCUGUACAAAGUUCAACAACUUUGUCAAAAAGAAUGAGUGUUCAAUAUAUGAAUCGAAAGAGAGCCAAAGCUAAGCAAGAGAGAUUUCCCAAACUACAGGAGAAUAUAAAUGAAUCAAAGGAAGGUCCUCCUAUUGUUUUCUUGGACACGAAAAUGGAGCAGUCUUUGGAGCAGGAGAUGAAAUCUCAGAGGAGACUAAUUAAGUCAGAAUAUACAGCGCGGGAAACUAGAGAUGAGUCGACAAAGAAUUUGAAAAAAAAAGAAAGAGGGAAUCAUUCUCGGCAAAACCAACCUCUCAAAGAAUCCAGGAAGCCACCAGAGGCCACCCCGGUAACCACAAAUACAGAAAACAAAGAGCAGGAGAUAAAGAAACCGUCAAACAUGUCCGAAUUUGUGUACAGGGUCUUUCUGAGACAAAACCAAUUUUCCAAACUUCCAUCCUACAUGGACCCAAACGUGGAUGCUUUACGUCACUGCCGGUAUUUACGUCACUACAAACGCAUGAAUGUAGCUGAAAAGAUGGCGGCUCGAUAUGCUAGAAAUUCCUGCUGGCAAUCAAAACCUUUUUCAGUACAAGAAGAAUUUCGAACAAUGAAUCGUCUAGGACUUGUACCAUCAUCUGCCAACUGAACUUUAA